UAGUGUGGGCAUGAUUAUAGCUAAAUAUUACAAAGAUUAAUAUCAAAUAUCUGUCAUGCAUAAAAUCAUUUGAUAGGGAGCAUAAUCUGAGAUGCACAGGAAAAGAGAUUCAGCCACUAGGAGAGGAAGUGGAUUGAAGUUAUAUACUUUAGUAUGAGUGCAACUGGCACGAGAGUAGAGGACUCUGGGAAGUCGCUUCAUGAGUGGACCAUAGAGUGUCGAGAGAAUGGCUACCUUCUCUCUGGCAAGAAGAUUGGGACAGGUGCUUUCUCCAAGGUCUACCUGGGGUACGCUACCCCAAAUAAGAUCAGCAAGAACUACAAGCUGGCCAAUGACCUGAGGAGCAAGAUCCACAACAUGGUCCAGCUGUAUGACAUGUUCCGUUCACUGAAGCGGUUCUAUCUGAUUCUGGAGCUGGCUCUGAGCGGAGACCUUCUAGAACACAUCAACGCCGUGUCCCAUAGCAAGGGCAGCCCGGGCCUCAGUGAAGAGGAGGCUCGCAGGCUCUUCAAACAGAUAGUCAACGCCGUCAUGCACUGUCACAACAACCACAUAGUACACAGAGACCUGAAAUGUGAAAACAUACUAUUGGACAAGCAAGGAUUUGUGAAAUUGACUGACUUUGGCUUUGCCAACCACUACACAGACAGGAGUGUUCUGAUGAACACCUUCUGUGGAUCCGUGGCCUACACUGCCCCAGAGAUCCUACUGUCUCGCAAAUACAAUGGAGAACAAGCUGACCUGUGGAGCCUAGGGGUGAUUCUGUAUGCCAUGAUCACAGGGAAGCUGCCCUACCAUGAGAAGCACCCCCGCAAACUGGUCCAACUCAUCAGGAAAGAGCUGCCGUUCCACCACCCAGUUUCUUCAGGCUGCCAGGACCUGACUAAGAAGCUGUUAGAGUGGCAGCCCACCGCCCGCCUGCCCCUGGAACAGGUUAACAAACACCAGUGGUUGAUGCCCUCCAUGACUGGCCUGCUCUACAAGCUCCGUGCCACCAAGAGCGACAUCGCCCAUAAGAACAAAGCCUUGGACAAGAAGCUUAAAGACGAGCCAACUGGAUGUGUAACAGGCCCCUCCUGCCACUCGGGCCCUGGUAACCCCACCCAUUCAUCCUUCAGCCACACCAGCCUGCCUGAGAGGCCCCAUCGGACUGUAGUGGCCACCCACUACCGCCCCGGGGCCAGCAGCGCAGGCUGCCAUCGCCGUGAACCGCCACAGGAGAAGAGAGAGGAGCCGCCCUGCCCCAAGCCCCCCUUGGUGUCCCCCUGUCGGCUCCUGAUGAGACCCACCCAAAGCCAGAGCACCAACCGUCUCUUCGUGACCCGGCCCCGGCUGCCCUUUGCCCCAAAGCCCUUCCAUAACCUCCCCAACUUCCGGAAGCCUGGCUCGGCCAACAGGCAGCUGCAUAGCCCCUCAGGCAAGCUGACAGCAGCAGCACCCCCAAGCACCUUCUGAGGAUUUCUACUCCUGGGUACUAGCCUAGGAGGCUGCUAACCAUGGACUCUGUCCAUUAGGGACUGAAACAUUUUGGGA